AUGAAGGGAGCAAACUACGCUCGCGUUUUAGUUCAAGAUUUGUUGCACCCAAACCCAGCCUCCGAGGCCCAAAAGUACAAAUUGAAGACCUUGGUUCAGGCUCCAAGAUCCUACUUCAUGGAUGUUAAGUGCCAGGGAUGUUUGAACAUCACCACCGUGUUCUCUCAUGCACAGACUGCUGUCACUUGUGACAACUGUGCCACUGUGUUGUGUACUCCAACCGGUGGUAAGGCCAAGUUGACCGAGGGCUGUUCUUUCAGAAGAAAGUAG